GGAACGACUCAGUAUGUGAACAGAUCCGAAGCAUGCUGAUACCCCUCGGCAAUUUUGUCUUCAGAUCACCUUUCAGCAAUUGGCUCUGGAACACCUCAGUGAGCCACUCAUGGCGUGUCAUCCGGCUGGCCGGGAUGCUCGUCAUAGCAUUCAUCCUGACCGCUCGAUCGAUCAGGCUCUACCUCAGGCUGACUCCAGGCAGUCUAGCGCUCUGUGGCGCGCUCCUCCUCGGAAGCAGUGUCUGGGGGCCGCUGCAUGCCCUGGGGGCAGGCGGCCUGGUUUGGCUGACAUACACUGGCUUCCAGCUGGCUAAACAGCCUGAGGAAAAUGUGGGCCACCGUGCGGGGGCGCCUGGUUUCCUGGGGACUCACUGUGAGAAUACUCUGCCUGCGCUGGAGGACUUGAUCAGGAGAGACAACGCUGGGGAGCUGCCCCCAGGAGCACUGUCAUAUGUGGAGUUUGACGUUCACGAGACGAGGGACGGCGAGUUGGUAAUUCUCCACGACCUGCAGUCGGUGCUGCGCGCGUCAGAAACACACGAAGUCAACGCGGAAGCUGCCGCGCAGCUGCGCUCGGCGAUGCCUGAUCUUGACCGGGCCCAGGUGAAGGAUGUGGACUUUGCACAGCUGCAGCUGCUGCAUGUCGGGGGGCGCGAAGGGCUGCGCAUUCCCAGGCUGGCAGACUUUCUGGGGAGCUGUCAGAGAUUGGGCUUGAGGAGGACUGUGGCGGUCGAGGUCAAGUGCGUACACAGUGACGCAGGGCGGGCCAGCUUCAUACAGCUCCUCAGGGCAUACAAGGAGCAGCACUGUGCAAAACUGGAGCAAGAGUGUCCAGGGGGUGAUUAUGCGCCGUUUGGGUGGCUGGCAGCUAUUUCAUUUCCCUUCCUGUGGGCGCCUAGCUUCGGGGAGUUUGGCACUGCCCAGUGGCGGCGGUGGGGAAUCGAGUUCAAAAAGGCCGGAAUCCCUGCAAGGAGCUGUGUUGUGCACCACAUAGACCUGGUAUCUGGAGCUUGAUGCGGUGAUUGAAGGGAUCAGAGUCACACGAGAGAACAAGGCCUUCAAAACAUAUUUGCAUUUGGGGCCGCUAGUUCAGAGAGGCCGGAAUUCCUGCCAGGAGCUGUGUUGUUUUCUACAUUGACCUGAUAUCUGGGGCUUGCUGAUUUAUUUGCAGGGAUCAAAGACACAGCUUCUGUCUUUCACAGACCAAAGGGCUCGGUGUGACUUUUGCAUGUUUCUGUGCAAUCUGUCUGUAUCAAGGCAGCUGGGUGCGUUUGAAGAUUUUGCUCACGUC